CCAAAUUAUUUAAAAAAACUGACCAAUGUCCCGUAGCACAAAACUUGGUUCUGUUGUGUUAAAUUUGGUGCUGGCUUGAAUUGGGUUAUUAGUGGGUGGCGUUUUAGUUACUGAUAAAGCUUGUUGCCUUGUGCGUCUUGGACUCCUGGGAUUUGAGCACACGAGGCAGAGAAUAUAGUUUUGCUUUUGUAUAUACAAUCUAAGGAGUCCUUUGCUGAUAAAGAUUUUCACAGUGUUUUUCAACUCUUGAAUUCACAACAAAAUAGCAAGUUGAGAAAAGGAAGGCAGCCUUAAGGGUCAGAUCCAUCCAGAAAUCCAAAACAAAGAGGACAAUCAGAGAGGAGAAUGAGAUUUCCCUCAGGCUCUGUGGAUGAACGAGACGCAGAAUCGCUGUUCCGCGCCAAACCCAUUUCUGAAAUCCGCAAUGUGGAAUCAACAACCAACAAACAGAUUCAAGACAAAAAGGAGGAGCUCCGGCAGCUGGUUGGCAACCGCUACCGUGACCUGAUUGACUCGGCUGACUCCAUCCUCCAAAUGAAAUCGGCAUCGGAGUCGAUUUCCUCAAACAUCUCUUCCAUCCACCAUUCCAUCUGCUCCCUCUCCCUCUCCAUCUCCGUUUUGGAAGCACCAUCGCCAAAACUUCAAACCUCCCCUAACCCUACUACUCGGCUCCGUAUCUAUGGAAUCGCCUGCCGCGUCAAGUAUCUGGUGGACACGCCGGAGAACAUCUGGGGCUGUCUGGACGAGUCCAUGUUCUUGGAGGCGGCCGCCAGGUAUAUCCGUGCCAAGCACGUCCAUUCCAACUUGAUGCUACCCAAUGGUGAUUUGGAUCACAAGAACAUCUUGUCCAAUUUCCCUCUGCUUCAGCACCAGUGGCAGAUCGUCGAGAGCUUCAAAGCUCAGAUUUCCCAGAGGAGUCGCGAGAGGUUGUUGGAUCGGGGCCUGGCCGUCGCUGCCUAUGCAGAUGCCUUGGCUGCCGUUGCUGUCAUUGAUGAUCUGGAUCCUGAGCAGGUUCUGGGGUUGUUUCUUGAAUCCAGAAAGACUUGGAUAUUGCACACAUUGACUGCUUCUGCUGGUAAUGCUGAUGCUAACUCCUCCAUUGCCAUUUUGGCUUUUUGUGAUGUGUUAAGCAUAAUUCAGGUUACCAUAGCGCAGGUAGGAGAGUUGUUUUUGCAUGUUAUGAAUGAUAUGCCUCUCUUUUAUAAGGUUAUUUUGGGUUCUCCCCCUGCUUCUCAGUUGUUUGGUGGGAUCCCAAAUCCUGAUGACGAGGUCAGGUUGUGGAAAUCUUUCAGGGAUAAAUUAGAAUCUGUAACUGUUAUGCUUCAUAAAACUUUCAUUUCUUGCACAUGUUGGAGUUGGUUGAAGGAUUGUGGAACACAGAUUGUCAGUAAGAUUAAUGGGAGGUAUCUCAUUGAUGCUAUACCUAGCGGCCAAGAUCUUAGAACUGCUGAGAAGUUGAUAAGGCAGACAAUGGAAGGCAAGGAGAUUUUGCAGGGGAGUUUGGAAUGGCUUAAAACUGUUUUUGGGUCUGACAUCGAGUUGCCUUGGAAUAGGAUCCGAGAACUUGUUCUGGAAGGUGAUUCGGAUCUUUGGGAUGAGAUAUUUGAAGAUGCUUUUGUCAAGAGGAUGAAAAUGAUUAUUGACUCAGGAUUUGAGGAUCUGACCAGAGCUGUCAAUGUGUCAGAGGUGAUCCGCUCUAUUGUGGUGACUGCUGGUGAGAAGAUGGAUUUUGAGACAUAUAUGACUAGUCCUUCUACAGGUGGUGGGUUUUGGUUUACAGAACCAAAUAACUUUAAGAAGCCUGGUCCGCUAUUGGGAAAUAGAGCACUACCAGAGGAAGAUAAUCUCCAAAGUUGUCUCAAUGCCUACUUUGGUCCUGAAGUGAGCCGAAUUAGAGAUGAAGUGGACAGCCGCUGCCACAGUGUUCUUGAGGAUCUAUUGAGUUUCCUAGAAUCUGCCAAAGCAUCUGAGAGGCUGAAGGAUUUAGUUCCCUAUCUGCAGAAUAAAUGUUAUGAAAGUGUGUCAACCAUACUGAAAGAACUCAAAACUGAGCUUGAUAUUUUAUACAAUGCCAUUGGAAUUGAAUACAAGGAAGGCGAUUCUGUGGCUCCUCCUAUAAUUGUUGAGAGAUCUCUUUUUAUCGGGCGACUCUUGUUUGCAUUCGAAAAUUACUCUAAACACAUUCCUUUGAUUCUUGGCUCUCCACGGUUCUGGGUGAAAUACACAGCUCCUGCAAUUUUUGAGAAGCUACCUUCCUUGUUGUGGCAGUCUAGAGCUGCCAACAGUUCUCCUUUCUCUGACAGCCUUGGAAGGCAAAUACUCACUAGCUCCCAGAGGCAAAGUUCAUCUGCUGCUGCUGCAUUGCUUGGAGCAAAUGAAAGUGCAAGCCCAAAACUUGACGAUCUUGGUAAGAUUACACGAGAGCUGUGUAUCAGAGCUUACAGCUUGUGGAUAUCAUGGCUAUCUGAUGAGAUUUCAGUUAUUCUCUCUCGGGAGCUUGGACAAGAUGAUGGAUUAUCUGCAACGACUCCCUUAAGGGGCUGGGAAGAGAUAGUUGUUAAGCAAGAACAAGCUGAUGAGGGGUCAUCAGAAAUGAAAAUAUCACUCCCAUCUAUGCCUUCUCUCUAUGUGAUCUCAUUCUUAUGUCAAGCAUGUGAAGAAAUUUAUAGCAUUGGAGGCCAUGUUCUUGACAAAUCAAUUGUGCAAAGGUUUGCAUUAAGCCUUAUUGAAAAGGUCAUUUCUAUUUAUGAGAACUUUCUCUCCACCAGAGAGGCCUGUGGAGCUCAAGUAUCAGAGAAAGGAAUUUUGCAGGUCUUGUUAGACAUAAGGUUUGCUGCUGAUGUUCUUUCUGGGGGUGAUUUAAAUGUAAAUGAAGAGUUAUCUAGAAAACCGAAGUCUAAAUCAUCAUUCAGAAGGAAGCUGGACCAAAUUCAGACAAAGUCCGUUGUUAGAGAACGUGUUGAUGGGUUGAUUUCUCGUCUUUCACAAAAGUUGGAUCCCAUUGAUUGGCUGACGUAUGAGCCAUACUUAUGGGAGAAUGAGAGGCAGUCGUACCUACGGCAUGCUGUGCUCUUUGGGUUCUUUGUUCAACUUAAUCGGAUGUAUACGGAUGCUACACAGAAACUGCCUACUAAUUCAGAGUCAAAUAUUAUGAGAUGUUCUGUCGUUCCUCGUUUCAAAUAUCUUCCAAUCAGUGCUCCAGCAUUGUCUUCUAGAGGAACUACUGGGAAGCCUAUUACAGCUGCCUCCAAUGAUAUUAGUCCAAGAAGUUCCUGGAAGGCUUAUACAAAUGGAGAGCUUUCCCGCAAAGGUGAUUUGGAUGACCACCCAAGUUUUGGUGUUGCAACGCCAAUCUUAAAAUCUUUCAUGCAGGUUGGCAGCAGAUUCGGGGAGAGCACUUUAAAACUGGGAUCCAUAUUAACGGAUGGGCAAGUGGGCAUAUUCAAGGAUAGAUCCGCAGCUGCCAUGUCAACAUUUGGUGACAUUUUACCUGUUCAAGCCGCAGGACUUCUUUCAUCCUUUACAACCUCCAGAUCAUCUGAUUCUUAGGAUCUCUGCUUUUCUUCCUCCCUGGUUCAGAUGCAUGCAUCCUUUACUUUUAUAUGGAUAGGCUGCUUUCGGCUGCUCUGUAAAUUGGUUAUGUAUUACAAAGAAAUGAAGCAAAGAAAAGCAAGGGAACAGUACCGUUGGUUUUUAAUCUCUAUGAACCGACGCUUGUAAUUAAGAUUUGAAAUAACCUCUUUUUCUUUUUGUUACAAAUGAGAGCGCCAAAGGAUUUUCAAUCACCAUCAAUCAACACGUUGACUGUUACUGCCUAAUUGUAACUAUGAUUUGAAGUAGUAACCUAUUCUUUUUUUCCGUACAAAUCAGAGCGCCGGGGGUUUGAAACUUUGAGAUCUCUAUCUGAAUCUUGUCUCAUUAUUCUCAUUUUAGCCAAGCCCAUUUUAUCUAAUGAUUGUAUUUUUU